UGUGUGGUGUACUUUAUUACUCAAUGGCAGAUACUCUUGGUCUAAUUUUGUUCUGUUUCAUUGCCUUGACUCUAAAUGAACAUGUGGAUGAUGAAAAUGUGAGAUUAGUUGAUAAUGACCAUCGCUGUAAUGGAAGAAUAGAAGUUUUAAAAAAUGGAAAAUGGGGCACAGUGUGUGGUACAUCAUGGCCUUUUUACAAUUCUGCUGUUAUUUGUAAUGAGUUGGGGUGUGGAAGUCACCUUGGAGCAUACUAUUUUCCUGCUCAGUCUGGAAAUAUCUUGCUCAGUGGGGUCAAGUGUACCGGUAAAGAAUCAUCCCUGCUCCAAUGCAAAUCUGACCCACAGGUUCAGAAAUCCUGCACUCACAGCAAGGAUAUCAGACAGGAAUGCUCUGGAGAUACUGCCAGUUUUGCUGGAGGCCUGUGCUAUGGACAGCUGGAAUUGAAUCUUUAUAAAACCAAAGGUGCUGUUUGUUCUAACAAUUUUGACUCUAAGGCAGCGACUGCUGUCUGUCAAGAGCUUCACUGUGGAGUUUUACAAGGCAUACAGGCUGUAAACUACAAAGGAGAGGAGGCAGGACAAAAGUGGACAGAAGAGUUCCUCUGUAAAGGUGGCGAGAAAAAAUUGGCCUACUGUCCAAGACGGAAGAAAAAAGAUUCAAAUUAUGUGUGUGACAAAGUGGUGAGCAUCACGUGCUAUGGAUACACAGACUAUAGGCUGAGCGAUGGAUGUUCUGGUAGAGUGGAGCUGGAACAUGAUGGAGUGUGGAGUACAGUGUGUGAAGACGACUGGGAUAUAAAGGACGCCUCUGUACUUUGUCACCAGCUAAAAUGUGGAUAUGCUGUGGCAAUUUCAGGCCAUCAAAGACGUGAUGACAAAACUGGACAAAUUGUCACAGACAUAUUUAACUGUAAAGGAAAUGAAAGAGAAUUAUCAAAAUGUCAGAUAUCAACUCAAAAACAUUGCAAGUGCUAUCUUAAAAAAGAUGCUAGCAUUACGUGUUCUGCUGCUUCAGGACAUAUCAGACUUGUUGGUGGAGAGACACGAUGUGAUGGAAGAGUGGAAAUAUUUUACAAUAAGGUUUGGGGGCGACUACUUAGUAGCUCAUGGAAUCAGAAAGAAGCUUCUGCAAUUUGUGAAAAGCUUGACUGCGGCUAUGCAGUACACAUUUAUAGCUCUUCUCGCUAUGGAGUAGGGGACAGUGACACAUGUUUUGGUGGCAUUCAAUGUACCAGCAAAAAGGGAGCUGUCGUCAGCUGCACUGUGAAAUCUGCUGACUGCAAAUCUGGAGAAGAUGUAGGUCUUCUGUGUUCCAAACACACGGCCCUUAGACUUGUGGGUGGAGGAGGUGACUGUGCAGGAAGAUUGGAAGUUUAUUAUAAUGGAACGUGGGGCACAGUAUGUGAUGACUCCUGGGAUCUAACUGAUGCCAAUGUGGCUUGUAAGCAGCUGCAAUGUGGACAUGCUAUUAGAACAACUGAUUCUUUCAUGUAUGGCCAAGGAACAGGUCCAGUCUGGUUGGAUGAUGUCAACUGUGAUGGCAAUGAAUCAGCUCUUUGGCAGUGUAACAUGAAAAAGUGGGGGGAUCAUAACUGCAAACAUAAGGAGGAUGUGGGCAUCAUGUGCUCAGAAUUCAAGGAACUCAGAUUGGUCAGUAAUGAGUUUGACUGUGCUGGCCGACCAGAGGUUUUCUACAAUGGCACUUGGGGACUGAUUUGUAGCAAUGGAAUGGAGGGAAUCACUGCUUCUGUGAUAUGCCGUCAACUCAACUGUGGAGACAGUGGCAUUGUCUCAGUCACUGCAACAAAGAGUCCUGCAAUCAAAUGGCUCGAUGAGGUUAAAUGUAAACGUCAUCACGUGUCACUAUGGCAGUGCCCUGCUUUACCUUGGGGAGUAAAUAACUGUACAAAUGAGGAUGUCAGUGAAAUCGUAUGUUCAGGUAAGGGGCGUGGUCUCCAGGGUCGUGACCUUGAGUUCAUUGGCACAAUGAGAUAA